AUGCGUCCGUUACACCAAUCUGGUGCUGUCUCUGAUGAGCAGCAGGCGAGUGAAUUCGAAAUAUCGGAGACAUGGUAAGUAACCUUGCUCUCAAAAUAGGCCUGAAUUAACGACAAGUCACAACCAGUCCAACGCACCCACCAAACUCUAAUUACCGACCUCCAGUUAGAUAAAAACGCAAAAUAAACAUUCGCAGUACCAGUUCCUUGCUUAGAAAAGAAAUGUUGGAAACGCGAAAAUUUGUGGUAGGUGAAUAAAUACAAUUUAUAGAAGUACGCAAAACCUGUCGAUGGACAUAACUCAGUACAUUAAAAACACAAGCAAAGCAACAUUUGAAAAAAAACGAUUCUCUACAUACAUUUCAGCAGGCAUCCUGUAAGGAUUAGGGUUAUGUGAAGUAUGCCACAUAAUCAAAUGCGGAAUUUUCGUUUGCAGGUUCGAAAACUUUCUCAUGGGAAUUUGAUGCAUAUUGAUCGAUUGUGUAUUGUUCGAGAUGCUACUCAUCAAAACGAAAGAAUGAUACUUACUUUCACUGAUAAAUACGUCACGGAAAUAAAAGGUCACAUGUUGAGAGGUCGUUCGGUGAUUAAUAAAUCCGAAUAGAAUUAGCGGAUGCAAUCGCAGUUAUACGACUAAAUGUAUGUCAAGAGAACUUUUGUUCAGUAAAGGUACUGUGUAUUUUUUGACGACGGUGGAGUCCACUGAUUUAAAGAGGGUCUUUGAAACGUCAGUUACUACUUUGCGGUUUUUCAAAGCUCUUACCUGAAAAGCAUGAUUCUACAGAUUGUACAUAUCAAAUCCUUCAAAAAAUCUAUUCUUUAAUGUAUUUACGUUUUUGGUUAGCCUUUGGGUGUUUUUCCUAAAGUAAUUUGUUUGUUCACAUCCGCCCUUGCACAAAUUACGAGGAAAAAACAUCCGUUUUCAAGCGCAACAAGUUUUGUUUGGUAAAACUAUCCAGUCAGGACUCUGUAGUAGAUCAAGACACACAGAUAAACAGACUUAGUCUAGAUCAGUUACUAACAUUAAAAAUUGUUCAUACAUAAGGUAACAUUUAUUUCUGCUUAAAUGUAUGAAUAGUUUUGCCUAAAAAUGAAUAUCAUGCCUUCUAUCGUCCUGUUACAUGAGUUAGGUCAAGUGCUCAAUGAUACCUGGUUCACAAUCUCAUACUCGUUUUGACCAGUACACCAUCACAAGCGCAUGAAUGCCGUUCAUAGUGUAGAAGGUCUUGGCAUUCCAGAAUGACCGCAUGUUUAUCCUGACCUCCUUUUUAUAUCUAUGAGAAACUUCCUGAAACUACAAUGAGUAAAUUCGGUUGGGAUUGUUUGACCACAAUCUAUUGAAGACAAACUGUAGUGACUGUAGAAAACAAUUAAUGCGCCAACUUCUGGCAACUGGAUUUGACGACAGUAUGUUUUCUCCCCCAACUUCAAGGAUUUACUAACCUUUCGCGAUACAUUAUCUAGAUUGUCAAGUACUUCGGCCGUAGCGGUAAUACAACAGUGGGAGUAGGAAGUUCUAAUUAACCAUUUUUGAUCGUUCAGAAUUGAGUGUGCCAAACAGGAGCGCAAAAGCAGCAGACGCUGUCUCAAAUUCCCUCUUAAUUUCGUGUCUUACCUGCUCAAACAAUUAUAAAAAAGACUAGCAUUCAUCCGAACGUUCUUGCUAGAAUUCAGCCUAGCUUUUGAAUAUAUCUGAACAACAUGAAACAGAAUGGCAUUACGUACAAAGAAAAUGGAGAUUGGGAUGACCAUUUCUGGCUUACUAGACGUCGUCAGCCAGUCCUACCCAACCGCAAGAUGUUGAACACCAGAUGCUUGAUCCCGCGACCUGGUGUUUAAAAGUCCAGCACCUCUAACCGCUGAGCCACGGCUAAUAUGUCAGAAAUGGUCAUUUAAGUCUACCUUGUCUCUGUCGUUAAUGCUAUUCUAUCUAUAUUAUGCGUCGCCGUGCGGUUGCUGGUUGGGCUCCAGAGAGAUCCCUAGGGAAAAACGGGACGCGUGGGUUCCGUAAACAUGAUCGGCCAUCAACCAACAUGAAGUAGUCACGCUAUCCACGGCUUCCCCAACAUUCCAGACUCCGACCCAACCCCUAACUUGGUCCACCGCGUCUAUUGCGAGCACAACCCGACCCCACACACAUGUCCCCGGGUUAUCUGUGAACCUAAUUCAAAAUGCAAGCAUACAUGGCGCUACAGUAACACCAUGCCUAUCUCAUGCAGCAAGCAUAUGAUCCACUUUGUCAUAUGGCGAACCGAACGUCGUGCGUCUGAACAUUCAAACCCUCACACAUGUGGGAAUCAUCUCCGGGCGGUCCUGACGCAUGAGUGGGGGGGACCAGGUCGUGUUGUUAAGCUCCGCCAACCACUGCACCCAAUCCAAUCACGCGUUGACAGAGAGGCUCAGAGAGUGUACUGGUGCAUGAGAGUACGGAGGAGAGAGUGAGAGCCGGCACUAUAAUAAACUUGACGCACUUGGAUCAGCCACGAUGCUUGUGGUUUGAAAUGCUGCCAACUGAUGGGAUAAUUCGCUCCCGAUGGCAGUAUUUAGUAUGACUGGAGGAGUUAGGCUGCAACGGCUCUCUCAUGCAUGUGAGGUCUAAGUCGCCCCCUAGAGAGGUUUAAUAUACAGUGAGUGACCUAUCUCAUGAAAUGUUGGCUGAAAUUCUGAAAUGCGUUUUCGAUUAGGAAGGAUUACUUGGUCGCGGUUGUAAUAAUAAUUAUCUUAAGACAUACUCUUAUAACAUUUCGGACUCGGCAGGAUGUCACAUUUUAAAUGCACUUCUUUUUAAUCUCCUGUAGAAAGCGCGCUCGGUAAAAAAUGACUACUUAAGUAGCUGCAUUUUUCCCACUGAUUUUCGAUGGUCUUGCAAAUUCCAAUAUAUUUUAAAGAAACUAUAAACAAAAAUAUGCUUUCUUUUAGUCAAUCAAUAGAGAAUCACGUCUUCUUUAUAUUUUAUCCUUAAGGAAGGAGGAUAAAUCGGUUUUGAAAAAGUUUCUGAUUAUGAGACUUUUAAGACCGCAAAAUGUCCAUUCACAUAGCAUCGUACCUGACCGUUUACCACCGCUCCUCAUGAAAUGUACAACAUGGUCCGCAUCCAUUGCAAAAUUUUACGAACUCUGUAUGAUAUCUUUGUUAGUGGCUUAGAAAAAUAUGUGAUUUUCUUUACGCGGAACACAUGCACCUUGUAGAGUGAAAUCACUAAGCGCUAAUGUAACGAAUGAUCAGGCUCCAAAUUAUUCGGCAAUUAGGAAACUUUUUUAAAACCUAAUUAUAGUCCUUCCUUAAGUAUAAAAUAUAAAGAAGACGUGAUUUUCUAUUGAUUGACAAAAAGAAAGCAUAUUUUUAUUUAUGGUUUCUAUGAAAUAUAUUUGAAUUUCCAAGACCACUGAAAAUCAAUGGGAAAAGUGCAUGCUACUUAAGUAGUCAUAUUUUUAUCGAGCACGCUUUCUACAGGAGAUUGAAAAAAAGUGCAUUUGAAAGCCGACAUCCUACCAAGUCUUAAAUGUUAUAAGAAUAUGUCUUAAGAUAAUCAGUACUACAACCGCGACCAAGAAAUCCUUCCUAAUCGAAAACGCAUUUCAGAAUUUCAGCCAACAUUUCAUGAGAUAGGUCACUCACUGUAUGUAGGGUGGGAAGCAAACCGGUAGCCUUGAAAUCGACUUGCCCUAGGGACUCGAUGGGUGAGGGAGGAGAGGGCGCAACAUAUGCCGUGCAAGUCCGUUUCACUGUAAACUAAUUCAACGCGUGAUGCAACGGUGUUAUACCCACUCCGUGCGGCACAAGUGGACACUGUCGUUCGCAGUAGUUAAACUACGAUAAUUGGUACUGGGGUCUCUUUGUAAACUUUAAGGCCUUGUAUUUCAAAAACCGAUUCUCGUUCAUUUACGUUUGGCUUAACUGGCUGACGAUGGCUAAUAAGCCAGAAAUGGCCAUUCCAGUCUCCUUGUCUUUGUCAGUAAUGCCAUUCUGCCUAUAUCAUGCGCCGCUGUGCGGCUGCUGGUUGGGCCCGAGAGAGAGAGAGUCCAUAGGGCACAACGGAACGAGUGGCUUCCGUAGGAACCAUUGUAUAUUCCCGAUCGAAACCGACAGGUCAACGGGCUCGUGGUCCAGCGGUUAGAGGCGUAGACUUCUAAUUAACAGGUCGCGAGUUCAAUCCUUGGGUGUUCCACACUUCGGGUUGGGUAUGACUGGCUGACGACAACCAAUAAGCCAGAAAUGGCCUUUCCACUCUCCCUUGUCUUUGUCAGUAAUGCCAUUCUGCCUAUGUUUGGUUUGUUUAUAUUUGUGCGAAAGUCACUGAAACCACAAUGAGCAGUUUCAUUUGGGAUAGGUUUCAUUCCCAUACCUCGCCAUCUAUCGACGACUAACUGGAUUGCUUGUAAAAUAGCAGUUCGCCCACCCGAUUGAUGGUGAAUGUCGUGUUAACAAGUUUUCUUCACUUGCGUCAGAGAUUUUGUAACUAUUCGCCAUGAAACAUCUGGAGUUUCGAUGAUUUUCAAGUACACCAUUCUUACCAGUAGUUCAAUAUUAUCGGCAAAAAAUGCUAGAUAAAUGUUUGUUUCAAAACAUCCAAGUGGGACUUUGCCGCAACGUUACUCAGAAGUAGCAGAAUCUGUUCUGAAUUUCACCUCAAUUCAGAACAUCAUCUUAUAAGCCAAUUACAAGAAACAUCAACAUUAGUUUACACUUGCCUAUUAAAAUCUACUCAUACUUAUCAGACAUAUUUUGGCGGAAAGCUACAGUAAGGCUUAGUCGACUAUUAGUGGUGGCUGUAUAAAUUCAUCCUGUCUCGUCCGCAUUAUACCGGUCAUCUACACUGGCAUUUCUGAGCACUUUAAGAAUGUUUGUUUUUCGUAUUCGUCUCAUACUUUCUUAUCACUGAUCUUUGUAUUCCGUUCUAUGAGUGAAGCACACUGGAGGCAAAUGGCCGUCCAUGGACUUGAAACUAGUAUGAAGGUUUUUGUAACAUUUUUGAUAUGAUUCCCAGCGUUGCUCCAUUGUGACUUGCCUAUCGUCCAGUAACAUUCUAGAACCCUCGGAUAAAGCCUUCCUCAACUUCUAGGUUAUUCUUUUAUUGUUCUCCCCUUUGACUGUUCAUUGUUGCCCUCCGAAGAAUACACCCUUGCUCAUGCAGGUCGUCAUGUUAUUGUAGCAUGCAUGCAACUGUGGGUUCAAGCAUGCCUGUCAUAUCAGCCAUUUGGCGAUGACUAGAACUCAGUCGCUGUUUAUUAAUAAACCGCUAAAGCAGUUUAACCAGUUAGGGUUAGAUUUGACUUUUGCAUUUUAGUGGCAUCAGAGCGAGGCGCGCGUCUACACGAGUAGACUGGCCAAAGUUUGUCCUGACCCAUUCGAAGAAAGUCAGAUUAUCUAUCGGCUCCAGACCCUUGAAAGAGCUCGUAAGCGACGAGUCCAUGUCUACGCAGGACGCCCUGCUCACCGACAUGCAGAGCUACAGAGAGCCAUAG